AUGCAUCAUCCAAGCAACGACACUACUCGUAAAUCCAAUGGUACUGCUGCUCGGAUAGAUGAUCAAAUCACUCAUUUGCAGAACUUGCAACUACAAGCAAAAUCGGAAGAUGAACUUUUGUCGAAGUAUGAAUCACAGAUUGGGUUAAUUCUAGAGAUUGCUGAUUUAUUGCAAACCAAUGACAGGAAUACGGACAAAAGUAGCAUUGGCUAUAACGAUGUGAAAGAGAUUGUGCAUCAAAUGUACAGACAUUUGAACAAUGGUUUACCCAUACCGUCAAUGGCAUCGAUCACUUCCUUGGCAAUUCAACUAUUAAAACUUCGCCUCCUUGAAGCUAAACUACGAUGUGAUUGCAUAGCUAAAGCAAAAGAACUGACGGCGUUUAGAGUUACUCGACUCCAGGAGAAACAAAUGGAAAAGGAAAGAAAUGUGGAUUCUUUGCGAAUGCAUUUACUCAAGCUGGAGACACUGUUGAUAAGUAACUAUGAAAGCCAGAUGCUAACUCUAGAAAGUAAGAUAUUAGAUUUUGGGAAAACAAAGAUCAAUCAAGUAAAAAUGCAAGCCAGCAAAGCUCAAAUGAAAAAUUUAAAGAUCCUUUUGGAUACAACUUUCCAGUUCAAAGUGCAGCCCCAACUUGACUCUCAGUCUCGCGCUCCAUCCCAGUCUCACAAGCAGUCCAAAGAAAAUCGAAAAAACGUCAAGUUGACUUUUAAUCAUCAACCGAUACUUCUUAUCAAUGAGUUUCUUGGGUAUUCAUUACCCAUGAUAAACCAAUUUAUUGAGCAAUUGAUUACGUUACAAAAACAAUUAUGCGUGGUAUUGGAUAUCAAAUUACCUUAUAUAGAUGCAUUAAGCAAAUACAUUCCAAGCACAAAGUUCUACGAUCUAUUGAAAAAAAAAGAAUUAAUAAGUACCGGUCAACAAGGCCUAAGAGAGCUAAGUCUCAGUGGUAAUAUAUACGGUGAUGGUGAUGGUGAUAAUGAUAUUGAUAUGGAUAAUAAUAAUGAUAGUCGUGGUAAAGAUGUUGGUGGUAAUAAUGUUAAUGGGGAGUUUAACCCAGUAAAGAUUGAAAACACAGCAGAGAAGGUAGUGAAGCUAGGAAAUGCGUACCAACUUCCGCUUUCAUCAAAAACACUCAAUUUUCAGCGACGAGUAGCCAGAUCGAACUCGAUUGAGCCUGGUGAGUUGGAUCAAAUUCCAACCAUUUUCAAGGAAUAUAGCUCGACACCAACAUCGUCACCAGAUUCGGUGCCACUACUGAAAAAAAUUACCAUUCCACAUAGAAUCAUAAAUAAACCAUUUAACAAACUAUCCAUUAAAGACUUUUUUGAGUUUUUAGUAAUCAUCGUUAAAGUUGUCAUCAAUUUUGAAGUCCUUUUACGGCUUGCUAAUGCAUGCGAAGGAUAUAGUGAGGAAAUUAACAUUAUAAACAGUUGCGACUUUACAAAGAUAUUAAUGCAAGUUUCAAAGCUUGAUUCCAGAUGGCCGUGGCAUCACAGAGUUAUGAAAGCUGCAACUGCACCACAAGAACCAACAAACCCGACAAAACCAACAGAAUUAACAAAACUAACUACAGAGAGUGAGGAAAAAGAAAAGUCUCCAAAUGUACCAGUCAAGGAUAUCUACGAUCAGCAUCGGUUCCAAGAUUGGUUAGAACAUAUUUAUAAUUCAAUCAUUUACUCCCUGUUUGCCAAGAAGCACCACAAUAAACCAGUUGCGUUGCACAAUUUGAACUUUAAAAACUUGUUUAUUAACCAGCCGAAACCUGAUCAACAACGCGACGACUGGGACAUAAUUAGUGAAAUGUUGUGA